AUGAAAUACCUGUUGACACAGUUUCUCUCAUUGAAGGACCUCCAGACAGCAGCUGCUACGUUAGAAACCAACACAUCUUCCUCCAGUCAGUCACUGGUCAGCCGGUCUGCUGCGUCCAACCUGACAUCCUCCAGCCCAGAGAGGACCUCCUCGUGGACCCUCAGCUCUGACCAAUCAUCUGCAACCACAGAACCAUCUAGUAAAACACCACCAAGAAUAGAAUCAUCCAGUACAACAUCAGGCAGCAAAGCACAAACCGGUCAAUCACCAACCAACACAACACCAGCCAGCCAAUCAUCAACAAUCACAGCACCGUCCAGCCAAUCAUCAACCCUCACAGCACCAUCCAGCCAAUCGCCAACCACCACAACACCAUCCAGCCAAUUGCCAGGCAGCACCACACCAGCUAGCCAGUCAUCAACAAUCACAGCACCCUCCAGCCAAUCAUCAGGCAGCACAACACCGGCCAGCCAAUCAUCAGCCAGCACAACGCCACCCAGCCAAUCAUCAACAACCACAACACCAGUCAGCCAAUCAUCAACAACCACAGCACCAUCCAGCCAAUCAUCAGGCAGCACAACACCACCCAGCCAAUCAUCAACCACCACCACACCACCCAGCCAAUCACAAGGCAACACCACACCAUCCAGCCAGUCAUUAACAACCACAGUACCAGUCAGCCAAUUAUCAGGCAGCACAACACCACCCAGUCAAUCAUCAACAACCACAGCACCAGUCAGCCAAUCAUCAACAACCACAGCAUCUAGCCAAUCUCCAACCACCACAACACCACCCAGUCAAUCAUCAACAACCACAGCACCAGUCAGCCAAUCACCACGAAGUACCACACCAUCCAGCCAGUCAUCAACAACCACAGCUCCAUCUAGCCAAUCUCCAACCACCUUAGCACCAGUGAGCCAACUGGCAACCACCACAACACCAGCCAGUCAAUCACCAACCAGGACAGCACCAGCUAGCCAAUCACCAGACAAUAGAGCACCACCCAUUCACUCUCCAACAAAGAUACAACUCCACUCACCAACCACCACAAGCCAAUCGUCAAGCAGAACAACAACAGCCAGCCAAGCAUCAACAAAGACAGCACCACCUAGCCAAUCACCACCUAGCAUAGCACCAGUUAUCCAGUCAGUAAACAACACUGUGUCAGCCAGUCAAUCACCAGUCAGCAAUGCACCAGUCAAGACCUUAUCUGACCAUUCAGCAGGCAGUACUACAAAACCUAGCCAAACACCACUGGGCCAAUCAACACCCGGCUCAAAAACAUCAAACCAAUCAAAACUCACCUCAACAUCUUCUAAUCAUUCACUAACCACUUUGAUCGCAGCUAACCAAUCCAUUAACAGCUCAAAAACAUCACACCACGAACCAUCCAUCUUAACGUCAGAUAACCAAUCAAAUUCAUCACCAUCUGGCCAAUCCCUGACCAGCUCAGUACCAUCAAAUCAAUCAUCACUUGAUUCACUGUCAACAGGACACACAGUCAGUGAACUCUUUUCACCAGAUGAGCGUCCAGUUAAUAUUUCGCUGCUCACCAGGCAGGCGAAGGAAGCCCUGAGGUCAUCGUCUCGUAGGAUUCAAGCAGAGCCAUGUGUGUUUCCCUGCCUGAACGGAGGACAAUGCGUUCAGUCGGAGUCAUGUGACUGCAGUUUGUAUCAGGCCACCGGACACAGAUGUCAGACAGUUCCAAAUCCUGGCUUUGAGAGAGAGAUGACAUGUAGGACGUGGGGUCAGUACAACUUUGAGACCUUUGACGGCCUCUACUACUACUUCCCUGGCCGAUGCACAUAUACUCUGCUGAGGGACUGUGAGGAAACCACCCAGGCCAGCAUCAUCAUCCAGGUUCACAAUGACCCUGGCUGCAACUCUGCCCCCUACACUUGCCAGCGAUCUGUUAGCCUCUUCCUUCCAUGGGAGGGUGAGGUUCGGCUGCAUGCCACCAACGUGACCUUCAAAGGCCAAAGUUUGCAGUUGCCUCAUCACAUCCACGACCUGCAGCUGGAGCACAUCUCACAGUAUGUUCUGGUGACGCAGCAGCACGGCUUCACGCUGGCCUGGGAGGGACGCAGCGGCUCCAUCUACAUCAAACUCAGCCCAGAGUUUGUGGGCAGAACCUGCGGCCUGUGUGGGAACUUCAACGCAGACGUCCAGGACGACCUGAAGACGAGUUUUGGUGUGCUGACUCAUGACAUUGAAAUGUUUGGGAAUAGCUGGGUGGAGGCGGAGCCACAUCAGGCCCGAUGUCCCAUGGUGCCUUCGGGCUUCUCUUCACCCUGUGCUGCAGUCGAUGUGCAUGUCCUACCGAAAGUGGAGGAGGUGUGUGCAAUGCUGCUUGAUCCGCCAUUUCAGAGCUGCCACGAAUUUGUCAGCCCUUUGUCCUUUAUGGCCAGCUGCUCCAACGACCUCUGCAUGUCGGGUCCCAACGGUGAUGUGGUAUGCCAGGUGUUCAGCGAGUACGCCCGGGCCUGUGCCCACGCCGACCACCCACUGCACGACUGGUGGCAGCACAUUCCUCACUGUGCGAAGCAGUGUCCCCUAGGUCUGCAGCACAGGGAAUGCAUCAGCUGCUGCCCGGCGUCCUGCAACCUGGAGCGAACAUGCAUCGACAGCAAGCUGGCCUGCCUGGAUGGAUGCUACUGCCCUGAUGGUCUGAUCUAUGAGGACGGUGGCUGUGUGAUGCCCUCCGACUGUCCCUGCGAGUACCACGGCAUGUUUUAUCCGUCUGGACAGACGCUGCAGGAAGAAUGCAACAACUGCACAUGCGUGGGAGGAGUGUGGAACUGCACUGACUACAGCUGCCCAGGCGAGUGCUCAGUGACUGGCGAUAUGUAUUUUCAGUCCUUUGACGGGCGGAUCUACACCUUCCCUGCAACAUGUCAGUAUGUCCUCGCCAAAAGUCGCAACUCAGGAAAGUUCACAGUCACCGUCCAGAACGCCCCCUGUGGAGCUAAUUUGGAUGGGGCCUGCAUCCAAUCAGUUAACCUGGUUAUUGACGAGGAUCCAAGAACAGAGAUUACACUGAGUCACAUUGGAGAGGUCUUCAUGGCUGGACAGUACCGCAUCUCCCUGCCCUAUUCUGACGACACCUUCCACAUCCAGGAGCUGUCGUCCAUGUUCCUCCAGGUGAAGACGGCGUUCGGCCUGCGUCUGCAGUACAGCUGGAAUGAGUUUCGCCUUUACCUGCAGGCCGAGGAGCUGUGGAAGGACAACACGGUGGGCCUGUGUGGCACCUUCAACGGCAACAUUCAAGAUGACUUCCUAUCCCCAUCAGGUAUGAUAGAAAGCACUCCGCAGCUGUUUGGAAACGCCUGGAGAGUCUCGUCAGCCUGCUCGCCCAGCCUGAGUACGCCUCAGCUCGACCCCUGUGACACACACCAGCAGGCCGUGGCCUAUGCCUCAGAGAUGUGUGAUGUCCUGAACCAGGAGCUGUUCUCCGCUUGCCAUGAGUACCUCAGCCCGACAUCCUUCUUUCAGCAGUGUCGCUCAGAUACCUGUAAGUGCGGGACGCCUUGCUUCUGCUCUGCGCUGGCCCACUACGCUCGUCACUGCCGCAGAUUCUCUAUCAUCAUCGACUUUCGAUCGCAGAUACCCGACUGUGCGGUCACCUGUCCUGCCACCAUGCAGUAUGGCACCUGCAUGUCGUCCUGCCAGCGCCGUUGCUCCGCCCUCUCUGUCCCGCAGCACUGCGGGGAGGAGUGUGAGGAGGGCUGCGUCUGCCCUCAGGGGUCCUUCUACAAUCAUCGAACACAAACCUGUGUGCACAGGAGUGAGUGUCCAUGCAGUUUCCUCGGAGCCGAUUAUGAACCAGGAGAUGUGAUCAUGACGUCAGCAGGUGUUCAACUCUGUCUAAACGGUAAACUGAUGUCCCAAACAACAGACAGUGACAGGCUGUGUCCAGCUGGUCAGCUCUACCAGAACUGCUCAGAUGGAGAAGGUGGCCUCCUGUCAGGAAGUGGCGUGGCCUGCGAGCGCACCUGUGAAUCCUACUUGCUCAACCUCACCUGCUCCACACAUGAGCCCUGUGUGCCCGGAUGUACCUGCCCCCCUGGACUCUGUCUAAACGGUAAACUGAUGUCCCAAACAACAGACAGUGACAGGCUGUGUCCAGCUGGUCAGCUCUACCAGAACUGCUCAGAUGGAGAAGGUGGCCUCCUGUCAGGAAGUGGCGUGGCCUGCGAGCGCACCUGUGAAUCCUACUUGCUCAACCUCACCUGCUCCACACAUGAGCCCUGUGUGCCCGGAUGUACCUGCCCCCCUGGCUUGCUGAAACAUGGAGACGAGUGCUUUGAACCUGCAUCCUGUCCCUGUCUAUGGAAAGGAAAGGAGUAUUACCCCGGUGACAGAGUCUCCUCCCCCUGCCAUCAGUGUGUUUGCCAGCACGGGACGUUCCAGUGUGUGUUUCAUCCGUGUCCAUCCAUGUGCAUGGCUUACGGUGAUCGACACUACAGGACGUUUGAUGGUCUACAGUUUGACUACGUUGGUGCAUGUAAAGUCUAUCUUCUAAAGAGCAGUGCUGAUGUGAUUGCCAGUGUAGCAGCUGAGAACGUCGACUGUUUCGACAGCGGAGUCAUCUGCAGGAAAUCUCUGCUGAUCAACAUCGGCAGAUCCUUUGUAGCAUUCGAUGAUGAUACUGGGAAGCCAAAUCCAUCCAGUGUGAUUGACAGGACGCAGAGGAUGUUCAUCUGGCCAGCCGGAUACUUCACAGUGGUUAAUUUCCCAGAGGAAGACAUCACCGUCCUCUGGGACCGUAAGACCACCGUCCACAUCCAGGUCGGACCUCGCUGGCAGGGAAAGCUAAGCGGGCUGUGCGGGAACUUUGACAUGAAGACGGUGAACGAGAUGCGGACACCCGACAAUAUCGACUCCCCAACUCCACAGGAGUUUGGAAACAGCUGGACUGCAGCAGAGUGUGUGAACAGUCCAGAUAUCAGACACCCCUGCAGCCUCAGUCCGCUCAGAGAGCCUUUUGCAAAGCGGCAGUGUGCCGUCCUGCUCAGUGAGGUCUUCCAGGCCUGCCAUCCAGUGGUGGAUGUUACCUGGUUCUACAUGAACUGCCUGGCAGAUACUUGUGCCUGCAGUCGUGGAGGCGACUGCGAGUGUUUCUGCACCAGCGUGGCGGCAUACGCCCAACGCUGCUGCCACCAGGGUGUUCCUGUGGACUGGCGCUCUCCGUCUCUGUGCCCGUAUGAUUGUGAAUUCUACAACAAAGUUCUGGGUAAAGGUCCUUUCAGGCUUAUCACCUUCAGGGAUCGGACAAUGCUGUUGGCUGCCAGCAAGUCCAGUGGCUCGGUGUUCCUGCAGCGGGGCAACCUCAGCGCCACCGCAGACCCUGGAGUCCUCUCACAGUUCAUGAUGACGCCGGGCCUCAGCAGAGCCCGACCACACGACACAUCGCGGGUUUCCUUUGAGUCAGCCGACAGACCGAACUACUUCCUGUAUACGAACCCCAAAGGGCAGGUGAGGCUGGCCAAGUGGGAGGAGAGCGAAGCCUUCUGGGACGGAGCCACCUUCGUCCUCCACAGGAACACCUGGAUCCCCGGCUUCGACUCGCUGGAGUCCCACGCAAAACCCGGCUUCUUCCUGUACGCCACGCUGACCCGCCUCCACUUGCUUAAAUACAGACACAUGGACAGCUUCCGCAAGGCUACGCUGUUCAGACUGACAGGCCCCAGCCCAGAAGCCCCACCUGGUCCUCGCUGUCAGUGGCGGUACGAUUCCUGCGCCAUCCCCUGCUUUAAGACCUGCAGUGACCCGUCAGCUGAAGCCUGCAUCACCAUCCCACAAGUGGAGGGCUGCCUUCCUGUCUGCCCCCCACACAUGGUCCUGGAUGAGGUCACUCGUCGGUGUGUCUAUGUUGAAGACUGCAUUAAGGUACCAGUUACUGUGCAGCCUGUAACACCGUCCACUGCUCAGCUGACCUCUGCAGCUGUCACUUCUGCAACCACCACAAGCACUGCUGCCUCCACCACCCCCCUCAAAACCACCAUCACCACCACCACUGAGUCCUCCACCCCUCCACACACUGGUUCCACUACUACUGCCGUGAGCACACAGACGACCUCGUCUGAGGCAACACCCGCCCCUGAUGAGCCGACCAGUCCGGCCACCGUCUCUCCUUCUGCAGCUCCUGAACUUUCCAGAACAACAGGAGCCCCAGCUCCUUCUACAGAGCCCCCUGCUGUCAGGCCAGAGGUGGUGGAGCCGCUGUCUACUGUCAGAGUGACUGAAGUCUUGCCCACCACUGUAGCAAGUACAACAGCAUUGACGCCCAGAGAUUUGAGCUCUACUAUCAGCCCCUUUGGUCCCAGCACAUCCAGGACUACUGGCUCUCCCUUCACCAUCACAGCUCCAUUUUUGCUCACCCCCUCCAUCAAACCCACCGACUUCGUGCAGCCGCUCUUCACCACUACUGCUGUGACCCUGCAGCCAUCUACCACUGCAGCACCGACAACAAGCUCUGUCGAAGGGCCGACCACCAUCAGUACCCCUCCUCCUGUUGUUCCAACCAAAGCGACCACAGGGGCUACAACACAUUCAGCAGCAUUUACUCCAAUUAUAACCACUUCUAAACCAAGUCCUGCUCCAGUUUCAGAGACAUCUAUAGUUAUAGACAGGACUACUGUACCCAGUACAGCUACCACCGAAUACGCAGGCCCCAGCACAAAGCUUGUAACAGUGGAGCGACUUCCCCCAACAACAACAACUAUACCCUCCCCUCCUGGUUUACCAAGCACAGCCUCCACAACCUCUUCACCUGUCCCGACCUCACCUCCUCUAGAAACAGGAACUGUAUCUCUGCCCGUAGUCACUUCAGCUAAAACCACAGAAUCAGUCACACCAGUUGCACUGUUCACCACCAGUAAAACAACACCGUACAUAGGUCCAGAGACAACAACAUCUCCUGUUACCACAAAGAAGAUUCUCCAUAUUACUCCUACUGAACUGACGACUUCUACAACUGCUCCUGAGUUACCUACAUCAACCCCAACGCAUGUUGAACCAGCUACAACUAUACCAUCUGCUCCAGACUCGGCUACUACAGACUGGAGAACAACAACAAAGAAAGUGACAAUACUUGAAUCCACUGUGUCUGAAAUACCUGCAGCUACUACAGCUGCACCUCCACCUCUGAAAAUUACCACAACUUCUCCUGUGUCCACAUCCACAAUCUAUUCUGAGAGAACCUCCUGGUCUGCUGCCAUCCCAACAACAGAGAAAACCACUCAGACCACACCUCCAGAAGUUCCAGAAACGUCCACCGUGUCCACAGGUCCAACUGUACCACCCGUGUCUCCUACAGAAACAACUACUGUACCACUUGUACCAACAAUAGAGGGAUCCACCCAUCUUGCAUCUACCGAGCGGACCUCUGAGCCGUGGCGUCCCCCCUAUCGGGAGACCUCCUCCACCCUGGUCUACAGCCCCACAGUGAAGACUACACCAGAGGUCACUUCUGAAACUGGCAUCCACAUAGUCACUUCCACUGAAACUACCGAAGUGCCUCACCGCCCCUUAACACCAAUCGUCACCUCUGCGACAUCAGCUGCUGCCACAGCUACCACAGCCAAAACUACGUCUCCUGAAAUCUCAACUACAGAAAUUGCAGCCACCACAACCAGGACACUGGUUACACCCCCCUCUCCACCUGUAUCUGGUAUUCCUGAGACAACCCUUACUACAUUCUCCACAAGAGCCCCACCAGGUGUUCUUACCACCACCCUCAGACCCGUCAUUGUACAGCCAAUUACAGAGACGACACAUCCAGUGACUGGCAGAGUGGAGGUUUCAACGAGAGCUACAUCCUUACCCCCUCCGUCUUGGUCUCAGCUGCACACAGCUUCUUCCACUGCAGCUCCAAGGCCAACAACUGUUCUGGACAAAGUCACCACCCGGCUGGUGUCCACUACAAGAGCUACACCUGCUACACCAACCACCAUCACACAGACGACCACUGUCAGAACAACACCUAGAGUUCCUGUGACAACAAGAGUUACCCCCAGAAUCACGUCGACUCAAAGGUCAACGGUCAGGCCAGUCACUGCAAGGGUUACAAUAGCAACAAGGCCCCCAGCUGUAACCACCAGAUCAACCACUCUCGGGCCACCGACUGUCACACCAAUCUCUGGCACAACAACCAUGUCAGGAGUGCCAACUACAACCAUCGCAACAUCGGCAGAGUCCGUCAUUACAGCGAGCACGACCCAAGUGGCCGACACAACCGCAGCAGUUUCCGGCAUGACCACCAUAACCGCUGCAGCGCCUGUUCCCACUUUAUCAACAGCCACAGUAUCUACUGCUGUCCCCACGAUGACCACCAGAGAAUCCGUCACAUCCGAGAAAACUCUGACUACCAAAGAGACUGACAUAUUACCAUCCACAUCCCAACCGGUGACAAUUCCACCUGAUAUACUGAUCUCCACCCAGAAACCCAGCGUUCUCACUUCUGUUUCGACUUCACUCCCAGCAGCCACCUCAGUCCAAACUACUGAGCAGGACGGAGUCGAACAUACCGGUCCGGGUGCAACGACGCCUCCUGCACCGGCGACACCUUACACACCCCUGGAAACGACCAGACACACAACGUCCAUGGCUGUAUCUCCUACAAGGAUGUGCACUCCUCCGUAUGCAGAGAUCGUCGACGAGUGCACAAAGUACAUCUGCGUCAACAACCAGCUCAUCCUGUUCAACAAAUCCCAGAGCUGCCCGUUCACUGCCGACCCUCCGAACUGCGGCCUGCUUGGCUUUGCCAUACUGGUCAAUGGAGACAAAUGCUGCCCUCAGUGGGACUGUCCAUGUCGCUGCUCGAUGUUUCCGGAUCUGAAUGUGAUCACAUUUGAUGGGAACAGCGUUGCCAUCUACAAGGCAGCCUCAUACAUAGUGACCCAACUGCCCAAUGAGACCGUCAGCGUCCUGGUUCAGGAGUGUCCCGCUGAUUCCGACUCACCACUCCUCUGGAAUUUCACAAACCUGUGUCUGGUGGCGCUCAACAUCACCCACAAAUCCAACCACAUCAUCAUCAACAGGCUGCAGAGGAGGCUCUACGUCAACUCGCGGUAUGCCAAGCCUCGGUUCAAAAAGUUUGGUUUUGAGAUCUACGACACAGGCAACAUGUACCUGAUCCGCAGCCCGGCUGGUCUCAAGCUGCAGUGGUACCACAGCACCGGCAUGAUGGUGAUCGACAGCGACAGCUCCAGCAACAAGCUUCCCACCAUGGGCCUCUGUGGUUUCUGUGAUGGAGACCCAACAAAUGACCUGACUUUGGCCAACGGCACCAUAUUGGGCGCCAGCGAGGAUCCAGCCCUGUUCAUUGACAGCUGGCAGGUUCCCAACACCACCAGCUACAUCAGCCACAUCCGCCGACGGGAGCACAACUGCUCCACAAGCGACUGCUCCACUUGCCUGGCCAUGCUGCAGAACCAAGCCUUCUCCCCCUGCCACGCCUUUGUCCCACCAAGCACAUUCUGUGAGGUUUGGGUGCGAGAUGCUGAGUACGUCAACAACCAGUGUGUGGCACUGGCUGCCUACGUGGCUUCUUGCCACAAAUUCAACAUCUGCAUUGAGUGGAGGAGUCCAGAUUACUGCCCCUUUGUGUGUCCCGACACUCUGCGGUAUCAGGCCUGUCUGCCGGCCUGCACGUCUCAGUCCUGCCCCAACCACGACUUCGACUCGGACCCGGACCAGUGUUCAGGCCUGACUGAGGGCUGCGUGUGCCCUGAGGGAACGCUCCUCCACCGGCCUUACUCCGCCCUCUGCAUCUCACCUGAGAAGUGUGCCUGCACUGACAGCGCCGGCAUUCCUCACGCACACGGCGAGUUAUGGAAAGCCUCGAAGGACGCCUGCUGCAUGUACCGCUGCGACAAUGACACCAUCGUUCCCGUGGAGUACAACUGCUCCAACAUGGUGUCGCCGGUGUGCCAUCGCGCAGGGGAGAUGAUCAUCAGUCUGGCCGACGACACCAGCUGCUGCCCUCAGAAAGUGUGCGUAUGUAACCAGAGCUUGUGUGACCUGCUCCCUCCUGAGUGUAAAUAUGGGGAAAAGCUGGUGUCGUACUACAGACAGGACUCCUGCUGUCCAAGUUUUGCCUGUGAGUGUGAUCCUGAACUCUGUGAGUCGGAUGUUCCCACCUGCAGAGAGGACCAGACUAUGAUCGCCACCAGGGCCGACGGCAGCUGCUGUCUCGCUCACAUCUGCAUGUGUUCUUUGUGUCCCGAGACGCCUCCUCUCUGCCUGGACGGCGAGAUCCUGACGGUGGACAGUAACACCACAGACCGCUGCUGCCCCGCCUACCAAUGUGUGUGUGAACCCUACAGGUGUCCUCAGCUUAAUUGUCCUGUUGGGAUGUCGGUGGUGUCCGUGUCCAGUCCAGGUCGCUGCUGUCCCAACCAAACAUGCGAGUGUUCCUGUGAAAAGAUCGCCUCCCCAAAAUGUGGCCUGGGAGAAGCCGCCCAGCUGGACCGGGCUUUCCUGUCCGACCCACAGAACCAGUGCGCCUGCAAACGAUACAAGUGUGUGCGCGAGGCGGUGUGUGUGUUCGGCGAGCGAGCCGUGUUGCGCCCGGGCCAGACACUGGUGGAGCACGACGACGACGGCUUGUGUCACAGCAGGCAGUGCAGCCGCAGCCUCGACCCGGCUAGCGGAUUCCACCUGCUCCGCACCAGCAGCAUCAACUGCUCCGCCCACUGCCAACCAAAUCAGAUCUACGUCCCUCCAAAGGACCAGUCGUCGUGCUGCGGUGUUUGUAAGAAUAUUUCCUGCCUCUACCAACAUGAAAACGGGACAACAGUUCUCUAUAAGCCGGGGAAGUCCUGGGUAUCAAACUGCGUGAAGUUUGACUGCUCAGAUACUCUGUCCGGACCCACGCUCAUCACCUACUCCUACAGCUGCCCACCAUUCAACGAAACUGAGUGCAUAAAGAUCGGUGGAACUGUCAUAAGUUACAUGGACGGAUGCUGCAAGACAUGCAAAGAAGACGGGAAGUCCUGUCAGAAGGUGACGGUGAGGAUGACGAUCCGGAAGAACGACUGUCGCAGCAACAGGCCGGUGAACAUUGUGUCAUGUGACGGGAAGUGUCCAUCCGCCAGCAUCUACAACUACAACAUCAACACAUACGCUCGUUUCUGCAAAUGCUGCAGAGAGACAGGGCUGCAGCGGCGAUCUGUACAGCUCUACUGCAGCAGCAACGCAACCUGGGUCAGCUACACCAUCCAGGAGCCCACAGACUGCUCCUGCCAGUGGUCCUAAACACACACUCAUUACACUCACCCACAGACACACAGUGUUUAGAAACACACUCUCUAAAACCACAAGAAAUAGAAGAAGAGGAAAAAGAAACCUCAGCCAUGUUGUUUAAAGAUGGUGGGAGAGUGGAAUGCUGAACUCUGAUUGGCAGGACCGCAUCACUGCAUGACUUCCAGUUAGUUGGUGUCUUGGUGUCUCUGCUGGCAGGGAGGCGGUACUGCAUAGCAGCCAAGCAGGUUGUAUGCAACCACAGGGCAGGAAGGGGACCUUUGACCUCUGCUACUUACCAUCAGAGGUAAGCAAAAAAACAUCUCAAAAAGUAAAGUGUGACACCUCAUGAUGAAUUUGUCAUUAAAUUUUGAUAGGAUCAAAUAAAAAUUAGAUUUUACAUUUUUUAUUACUUAAACGUACAUGUAUUGCUAGUUGUUCUAGUAUUAAACUUUGCUUUAACAUCAGUAAAGAUGUCUUUAAGGAUAGGUUAUGUACAUUGAAACAGGUUUGCUUGCUGGAAUCAUUCCUCCUGUUUAUAUUGGCCAUUAAAAAUCCCUCCCUUAUGUGCAUUCAGUGUCCACAAAAUCCACAGCCCUCAUUCUGUAAAGAUGUAUUAUUAUAAAAUCUCUUUAGUACAAAGUUCCCUGUCUCUCUUUCCCGGCAAGUGUUUCUGUUCUGAGCUGCGAAGGUGGGACAGUAACUAAAAGAGCGAUGUUUAUAUUAAAAACAAAGGAACUUUGGAAGAUACUCCCUGGAUUUGUGUAACUCAGACUUUUGACGCCUCAUAUUAACGUCAAAUAAACUUUACGUGAACGUGUUUUUGUCCUCCAUCUCUUACACUGGAAUCACAUUAGGAAAUUUCUUAAAAGCCAGAAUGAAGAGGAGGAAUGAAUAAAUCAAACAACGCCUCUUUCAAUGUUCAUAUGGGCACCCGACUAUUGUUUUAAGACAGACAACAUAGCGGGGCAUCUAAUACUCACCAGUAUAUCUUAAUAUAUGACAUGAAAUGAGUAAUUUAAAAUUUAUAAAGACUUCAAAUAAUGCAAACUGUGUUCUGGCAGUGAAGUUUUUCAGCAUUUUUAACUUUCAAGGAAACCUAAAUUAAGACUAUUCAUGUGGCCUUUAUUGAAAAUUGAUUGCCAUGGGCAAAAUUCCAUGCUAUAUAUUUUUGAAAAUAAAUAAUCAGAGCGCAGAAAUAGAAGUCAGUCCCUUUUAUAAUUUUACCUCACUUGGUGUUUUGCUGUCAACAGCAAGUUUGCCCUCUUCCUGUUGAGAUUUUUUGCCUACGAUGUGAAAUAAAAAGUAGACACAGUUCAUUGAAGUUGUUUCAUGUCUCUAAAUACGGUUCUGAUAAUAACUGAUAUAAAGAUGAUACAUUCACACCUUUAAAAACACACAAUAAGGUGCUAAAAGUUCCUGCUUUACCACACUGCUGCACUGCCACCUCCCUGCCAGCCUGCAGAGAAAAGAAAAUGUUAGCAAAGGAAUAAGUAAGUUGAUCUUUUGUUCUGGAGUGGGAAGUCGUUUCUCUGCUCAUCUUCUCAGAGCGCUACUGUGCUGCCAUGGCUGAAAAGUAAAAUAUAAAAAUAUGUAAUCCAGAUAAUCAGGAAAACGAGCCCUGAAGUGUGAUCACAAACACAUUCUCAGCUUGGUUCUGUCCAUCAUCAUCAUCAUUGUCAUCAUCAUCCUUUGAAGAUUCAUAUUUUACCCAGAAUUCCUCAUGUUAUGCCUUGUUUUUGUAAAUAACUCAAGUUUCAAUAUCAAAUUCUUAGAUUUCAUUUCAUUAGAAAGACAACAAUAAACUGUUUAUUUGGUGAUAUGAAAUAUACUUUAUAUAAUCAACACUAGUGAGGUGUAUUAACUGAAUUAAAUCCAGCUGUAUGUGGAGCACUUUAUUUAUUUAUUGGAGUUCGAUAGAGCACAGUUCUGAUUUUGUGGACGACAACAUGAAGAGAAGAGAAGCAUUUGGCCCAACUGGAAAACAAACAAACCCAACAGGAUCCUAAACUUUGAUUUGCUUUUAUUCCCGAUUGCACCGUGAAGGCAAAGAAAAUAUUGGUGCGUUAUAGAUGCGUGUUUCUCUGUGGACUAAAUUUGUUUUAUGUGUUUGUUCAUAUCAAGCAGACCCACCUGGAUAGUCGA